AUGGCGACAAAGCAGGACUCCGAGACGGCCUCUGGCGCCGCGACUGGCGCUGCUGCCGCGUCGUCCUCAGCAUCAACCGCCAAAUCGGAACGCUCGUCGACAUCGACUCCAAAGGACAAGUCAGAUGCGCCCGAUGCGAACACCAGCACCCUAGCCGUGCACGAAACAGAACACUUCAACCAGUAUCUCAUAAAUCAAUAUGUGACGAGGGAUCACAUCCAUGCAGCUGCUAUUGAUAGUGAUAAGGAUCGACUGUAUAAGCACAACAUACGCGCUUCUAAGACUAUUGCAGACUACAAACUGCUGUACGGGGAGGGCUACAGUGGAUUUGGCAAUGGGCGCACAGAGAUUGGAGGACCUGCGAGGCUCUUGUAUCCCCAACAAAAGCCGAGGCCAGGCAAGCGGUCGACAGCCUUAUUGAAAUGGAGUAGGAAGGAUAUGAAGCAGCAGGCCGAGCAACAUGAGGAGCUGGUCCCAGUACGUCUGGAUGUAGACUGGGACAAAAUCAGGCUGCGUGACACCUUCACAUGGAAUCUUCAUGAGCGUAUAAUUGCUCCUGAGCUUUUCGCCAUGCAACUGGUCGAGGAUAUGGGUUUGAAACCACCCGCUGCUCAACCUGUUUACGAUCAGGCUCUGCAGCAGAUACAUGAGCAACUCAACGACUUCUACCCGUUUGUUUUCUCCGAUGAAGAUGCUUUGGACCCGGAGCUGCCCUAUUCUGCUUGGAAAAAUGACGAGAUGAGAAUAUUGGUCAAAUUGAACAUCACUAUCGGGCAGCACACGCUAGUGGACCAGUUUGAGUGGGAAAUCAACAACCCAUUAAACUCCCCCGAGGAGUUUGCGGCGAGCAUGGCAAAGGAACUAUCUCUUAGUGGGGAAUUUGCCACUGCCAUUGCUCAUUGCAUCCGGGAGCAGACUCAACUCUUUACACGGAGUCUACCCGUUGAGGACCCCGAUCUGGUGGCCGCAUUCCUCCCCUCGCCAUUAACUUCAGUCUUCAGGCCCCAGCAGCAAGCAAAGGAAUAUGCCCCAUACUUGUAUGAGCUCAGCGAAGCAGAAUUAGAGAGGAAUGAGGUCAUAUUCCAGCGCGAGCAACGGAGACAAAAGAGGUCCGUCAACAGACGAGGCGGGCCCUCGUUGCCGGAUUUGAAGGAGAGGCAGCGAACCAUUCGCACGCUCGUGGUGUCGUCAACAUUACCUGGAGCGGCCACAAAUAUUGAGGAAAGCAGACUGUACAAAAGGGUUGCCGGUGCUACAGGCAGGGGCAAGAGGCCAGGCGUCCGAGACGGCGACUUGUCUGAUUCGGAUGACAGCGACGACUCAUCGCCUGAUUCACCUGCCGCAUCCCAGCCGGCAGGCACCGUCAGAACGCGAGGCAUCCGGGGCGCUGCGUCGGCCGCGCAACAACGAAUGGCCAAUUUGGGCCGUUCUGAAACCCCUGAAGCCACGAUACACCAUCAUGAGACCCGAACAUCCAGGAGAUUCGGGCGCGAACUAACGCGGGAUGGGACAGAAGAACCACAGCACCUAUGGGUAUCUCUGAAAGUUAGCAAGGAGAAGCUAAGGAAACUUUUUCGCGACAUGAAAAUGAAGCAGAGCUCUCCGUCCGGAUCCCAAACACCCUCCCAAUCCCAUACUCGAGCGCCAAGCGCAUCCGCACAAACCACUAUGCCUCCCCCUUCUACUCCUAAUGCCUCCAGCACUGUCGCGGCUCCUGCAAAUACUCCUAGCAACGGCGCCCCGGCCCCGCCUGCGGAGGGUGUGCCCAAUCCUCCCCCUCCCCCAGCCUGGCUCACCCAAGCGUUGAAGAAUUUCGAACAACAAGAUGCCUACAAGAACGACCGAUUUGAAGGCAUCAUGCGCUAUACAGCAUUGGAUGCCACGACGGGAAUGACUUGUGCCAUGCCGCAAGCUGGCCAACCAACACCUCCCAACGUCCGCUUCUAUUUCCUGCCGCGGAUUCGCUGUCUUGACUGCCCCGGCAAGCUCUAUACACCCGGACCUGACACAGCUGCCGGAAACUUUGAGAUACACCUGAAAAAUCGCCAGCAUCGCGAGAAGGUUGAGGCACGCGUGAACGGCACCCGGCAAUAG